UCUCUCUCUUCCGUCCCGGGAAGACUAUAACUCCCAGCAGUGACCAAGGCUUUGCAGAUGCUUAAAAGAACAAGGGGGCGGGGUCAGAGGAAGCCUCGUCCAGUUCCGCCUCUUGGGACCGUUCUGCUAGAAGGGCAGGAAAGUGGGCGCGUGCAGUCUGCCUCGAGGCUCCUUAACUACGUUUCUACAGGUGUUGCAGUGUCCCUUCUCCUAAGUGACCAGCAGCCCGGUGCCAUGUCUCAUCCACCCCACGACGUCUCCACUGAUGACUGUCUCGGAAGUUAUAGCUACCUCUUCUGCCCAGAUAUCCUUCGUGACAAAGUGGCCUUUAUCACUGGAGGAGGUUCAGGAAUUGGGUUCCGAAUUGCAGAAAUUUUCAUGCGUCAUGGAUGCCACACAGUCAUUGCCAGCAGAAACCAGCAAAGAGUAUCUGAUGCUGCCAAGAAAUUGGUUGGUGCUACUGGUCAGCAAUGCCUUGCUCUGUCUUUGGAUGUCCGGGAGCCUCAGACCAUUACUGCUGCAAUUGAUAAGACUCUAAAGAAAUUUGGCAAGAUUGACAUUCUCAUCAAUGGUGCAGCAGGUAAUUUUUUGUGUGCAGCUAGCAGCUUAUCCUUCAAUGCAUAUAAAACUGUGAUUGAUAUCGAUACAAUUGGCACCUUCAAUGUCUCCAAAAUAAUGUUUGAGAAGUACUUCCAGGACCAUGGUGGUGUGAUCAUUAACCUCACUGCCACUCUGGACUACCGAGGACAGGCGUUCCAGGUGCAUGCAGGCACUGCCAAGGCAGCUGUUGAUGCAAUGACAAGGCACUUGGCUGUGGAGUGGGGUCACAACAACAUCCGAGUUAAUAGUCUGGCACCAGGCCCCAUCAGUGGCACAGAAGGGAUGCGUCGACUUGGUGGCCAUCAACCCAACUGGGAUAGAAAUAUUUUGAGCAGUCCUCUCCAGAGAAUGGGGAACAAGACUGAGAUUGCCCAUGCUGCAUUGUUCUUGGCUAGCCCCUUAGCAUCCUAUGUGACAGGCACAGUCCUAGUGGUAGAUGGUGGGAGCUGGCUGACUAAUGUCAAUGAUUACAUGAAGUUGUUGGGGAUUGAUACUUAUUACCCUUCCAAACUCUAGGUAGCUGCUCUGCUGAGAUAAAUGAAGGAUUCCUAGUUCAGACCUACUCUUUGAUCCAGUGCUACAGCUUUCUCCUGGAAGUCUGUCUUGUCCUCCUUUUUCCUUGAUUCCCUCUGGCAUGCCAAGCUAUUUUGAGGCAAAGCUGCAAAGUGCUGAAUCUAACAAACCUAUUUCUCAGUCCUUCCACUCAUAGGAGUUUUCUGGCAGAAAAGCUUGAUGAAUCUACAAAUAUCCCCUCUGCUGUAGUGGCCCUACUGCUGAUUCUACCAGGCAGGUUAUGGGUGCCAAUUUGUGGAGCUGUUGACAAGAUAAAUUUGUAUUAGAGGGUAGCAUUGAAUUGGAUUAAAACAAACAAAACUCUCUUGAAACAAAAUGUUGGCCAUUCUAAGGAUGUCUUUCAUUAGCUUAUGCUUUCAACAAAUAGACACUCAGAUAGGAAGUAUAUUAAAUCUGUAUUUUCUAUGCCCUUGGAACAAAGAGCAUUUAUGGGAAAGAUAUCAGCCUCUUCUCCCAACCUUUGGUGCUGACUUCACCGUGCUGGGAACAUUGUUCAAAACUUGCCUAAUAAUAAGAACCUCAUUUUAACCUGGAUCAUCUUUGUCCUCCCUCUAAGGAUAAAUAGGGUGAUUGAUGAAAUGGCCAAAAUGGCCAGAACUUCAGGCUCCCAUGACACUUGAAUUCCCCUAUUCCAAAGACCUAUUGUUAGCUCUUGAAUUCACUUCCUAAUCCAAAGAGUGGGGCGUUAGGUUUUUUCUGCUGCCUGAUAAGGUGGAAAAGGUUAUUAAAAAGGAAAGGAAAGAGUUAUUAGAUUAGAUGCUACCAUAGACAAAAGGAAGAAGAAAAUUGAGGUUGUAAGUAGCCUAGAUGCAAAUCCCACUGGAGUAUUGCUUCAACUGUUCCCUUUGCUUAGUGUUGUCUUGAGAUAUUUCUUUGGAAGGAGAGAGAAUGGCAGGAAGGAAUGAAGUGUGACAGGAUCUGCUGUGACCUCACAGACUCACCUGGAGCGCUUUUCCCCAUUAUUCAAACACUGUCAAUUGAGAAAUGCUUAUGUCAAAGUGAGACUUAAUACACAGUGGGUUUUUUUUUUUAAUAAGACUUUGAAGGUGGUAAUAUCUCUUCUUGGGCAGAAUCUACCCAUUCCUUGAGUAUAUUAAUAAUAUAUUAGCAGAGGCACCCCUGGAUUGCAUAUAGAUUUUGCAAGGGGUUAUUCACAUGCUCUUGGUAACUGGGAGAUGCCAGCAGCAGAUAGAUUGCUCUGACUGGAAGCUAAUUAGAGCCAGGUGUGAGAAUGAGAUAAGAGUUAGCUGGUACACUAUGCGAUUGCACUGAUUGCCUGGAAUGUUGAGUGCUUCAGACAUUAUAGUAACAGUCUUUUCAAAUGUAGAGAACUUUUGAUUAUUCUGGGACCAGUUACCUAGACCUGUGUUGUCUUAUUCUUCUAGCUUCCCACUGCUUGCUGUUUUCCUACAUAUUAACACCUCUACCAUUGUCUGGGUAGGAACCAAGAAAAUAACCCUUUGAUUUAAUUGCAAAUAGUUUAAUAUUGAAACUAUUAACUACAGUGGCAUUUUACAGUAACUUUGGAAGUUUUUUAUCCAUAAAAUCCUGUGUGAAAAA